GGAAGACGAUAAAUGCAGAAAUAUAAUCAGAAGAGCCUCUUGUUUUCGACUUCUUAUACGGGAAGUUCAAGGCAACCUACAUGGUCUUUUCACACACAAAUCCACACCCUCCCUAUUCUUUGUUAGGCCAUUUAGUCUGAGAUAUAUUGAUUUGCCCAAAAUCACAGAGUUGCUCACUGGAAAAAAUAGUUUGGGAGAAUGAAAGGAUUACACAGACUUUGAGGAGAACAGAUUUUGCUAUACACAUUAAAAGCAAGUAGACCAUCACGGAAUGCUAGGAGAGUAAAUGGGGUAAGGGAGUUCCAUUUAAGGGACAUUCAAGCUGCCCAAGGGAUUUUCUGUCCAAGUAGAGUUUAGAAGUCUGAGUUUUCUCAGUUCUGAUUUACGCAACAGUUCUGAUCUGUAGAGAGUGUAGAUUGAUAGAGUCCAAGUCCCCCCGCUGUACUGAGGACAGAAAUACCAAUGGGGGGAGAUACAAGAUGAAGAGCUGAAAAAAUUCAUUUCUCGAAUCACAGGCUUCCUUCAAAAUCAAGACUUCGGGAAUGAAGCAGUCGCAUGUCUGCAAAGGCUCUUCCUUAUCAUCUCAGCCACUAAAUAUGGUCGACAGCUGGAUGGCAACUUUGUGGAACUUUUACAGACAGUGCUGCAUCUCCCAAAGUGCCCUGAACAGGUUCAGAUACUUUGUGCCGCCAUCUUGAGAGAGAUGUCGCCUUGCACUGACUUAACUCUGUCUUGGGAUAAGAUCCAGAACACGAAGCUCUUGAGUCUGGCGUUCUCCAUCCUGCUAGCCCAAGGCCAUACAAAGUCGGACAUAGAAGCUGUGGGGCAGCAUGUGGUGAAAGUCCUGGAGGGCAGACUUCCCGAAGGCCAGCAAGCACGGCAUCUCCUCCCCAUCCUGUCCAAGGCCAUCAGCUUUGCACCAACGAGCCUCAGCAAAGAUCAGGUCAAUCUGCUCAGCAAGAGAAUGGUGGACUGGCUGAGGUACGCCAGUGUGCAGCAAGGGGUUCCCCAGUCCUCGGGGGGGUUCUUCAACCCCAGAGCCAGACAGCCUGGCCCCAUCACAGAGGUGGAUGGCACGGUGGCCACAGACUUCUUUACUGUGCUCUCCAUCGGCCAGUAUUACACGGAGGAUCAGUGGCUCAACAUGCAGGCCUUCUCCAUGCUGCAGAAGUGGCUGCUCUGCUAUGGGAGCGAUGGAGCAACUGGUCCAAAUUCAGACGACAAGUCAGAGGUGGACGGCUCUGUUGUGUCCAUGGUCUCAGUCACGUCCACCUCCAGCCGCCUGCUUCCGCCAAAGGAGCGCCUGAGGGAGAAGGCGUUCGAGUACUGCCAGCGGCUUAUAGAGCAGAGUAACCGCCGGGCUCUGAAGAAAGCAGAUGGGGAACUGCAGAAAGCUUGCCUCAUCGAAGCGAUCACGAUCAUGGACUUAAUUUGCAGGCAGGACUCCUCCUAUGUCUACCGCUCGCUCUCCUGCAUGAAGAACCUGCACGGCCGGCUCAGUGGGGAUCUUUCCCAUGCCAGGGUGCUGCUGCCCAUCGCCCAGUUCUUCCUGAACCACAGCGAGACAGCAGCUGUGGACUCUGAAGCAGUUUACAAGCACCUCUUCACCAAAGUUCCUGCUCAGCUUUUCCACAGCCCAAUGCUGGCCUACGAAUUCAUCCAGUUCUGUAGGCACAACGCCCUGUUUUUCACCGAGAACCUCAGCAUCUUCCGGCAGAACACCCCAAACCUGUUCAAGUUCCUGGCGUGGAACAGCCCGGCCCUCAUCGCUGAGUACCUGGACCUUUUGCCAGCCCUGCUCGGAGCAGACAUGGCCCUGGAAAUCUUUCACUUGCUGCUGGACCUGCCUUGUUUAGCAGCUGCGCUGGAUGUUCAGCUGAGGUCUGCCCUGACUCCCAUGUCCGAGCGGACCACCUUGGACCCCACCCUGAAGCCGACCACCUGCCUGGAAGCCUUCCGGCACCCGGAGUACAGGGCCCUCUUCCAGUAUCUCCUCCGUGCGGAGUCUGCUCCCGGGGACCCCAGCAGGUUGUCUCCCCUCCGCCAGCUUCUGGGAACCAUGGCCGCUUCCCCUCGCGUCGUGCAGUGUGCGGAGUGUGUGCCCAUCUUACUGCAGCUCUUCUUCGGGGUCGUAGCCAAGUUUGCAGACGGGGCUCUUGUGAACAAGCUGGUUUUGGCUAUGCUGGAGAGAAGCGAGCAACUUUAUGAGCUCCCAGCUUUCAAGGCAGAGGUAUACAGAGCGAUGAGUUCCCAGCUGCCGGUGCUGUGCAAGCUGCACCCUUCGUUGGUCGUGGAACUCUCCACAGAGCUUUUGGAGUUUUCGGGAGCCAUCUCCAACAUUGACAGCAAAGAGGACGUCUUCACCCAUGUGGUCUGGGCCAUUGGCGAAUAUGCAUCGGUGUCGCAUGAUAAAAGGUGCACAGUGGAGCAGAUCAACAAGUUCUUUGAAGUUCUGGAAGCCCUGCUCUUCGAAAUCACCCAGUCUCGGCCCUCGGUCAGCGUCCCCAAGUCCUCGCCCCGCGUGACUGCCGUUCUCAUGACUGCACUAACCAAGCUGGCAUCACGCAGCCAGGACCUGAUCCCAAGGGUUUCCCUGUUCCUGUCCAAGAUGAGGGCCUUUGUCAAAAGCCCAGCGGUUUCCUCCAUCUACAGCGCAGAGGAUGCAGAAGCAAUCCUGACGCGGGCCACCGAGCUCAUGAACUUGCUGAAAAUGCCCAGCGUGGCUCAGUUUGUGCUGACCCCAUCGCUCGAGGUCUCCAGCCCCCGCUUCCACCAGGACACGCACUCUUCCCUGCCCCUGGCCAUGAAGACCACCAGCCGGCUUUUGGAGGGAGGCGCUGGCUCCGUUCCCGGCUGAGGCGAAGCUGGGUGGAGCUGCAGAGGCCAGCCUUGUCUUGGGCGCUUCCAUUUUGACUCUGGGAUCGAGGCAGAGGGUGGGCCAUUCCACAGAGUGGGAGACUCCCUCGGAAGCGGACCGGUGCUGUAUGGCUGUUGCUGAGAAGUAAAAUCGACCACAGUGAAAAACUU